GCGGGAUUUGUUUAUAAACAAAUUACAUUUUUUAGAGACCGAUAAUCUAGAAUUCUAGAUCUAGAAUCUAGAUCUUUAGAGUUAAUAGAGUAUAGAUAUAAUUAUGGCUUCUGAAAAAAGAAAUGGAUACAAAAACAGAACUUUACCUGACAUUCAAUGUGUGCUUGAGUUAGCAAAACUUGAAUCUAAAGAUCUGAAGCCUUGUGUUCAGUGUUUAUUUUUCUCUGGUCAGCUUGAAAAUGACAGCUUUAAAUUGUUAGAAUUAGAUGAACCUGUCUUACAAGCUCUACAAUCAGGUAAAAAGGUAGAAAUAAGAGGCGACCCCAGUGAGAAUGCUGUUUUGGUCACAGACAGUGCAACAUAUGAGUUAAAAGAGGCAGAAACUUCAAACUCGAUGCUAAUGCUGCCAAAGUUAACCUUUGGACCUGAUUUGCAUGGAGAUGGAAACACAGAGAUUAUUAACAGAGAGGUAACAGCUGUUGUGCACAAUUAUUAUGAACUGCGGCCAAUUAAACCUAAACUUAAAAAACUGCGUGCCUUACUUAUGGAAAAUCCAUAUCGUGGCAAAGAAUGUGAAGGAGAUGAGCAGGAUACUUAUCAAAAUCACACAUUUGCAGAACUUCAGUCAACUGUGCAAGCCAGUGAUCAAGAAAUAAAAGCAGGUCUGGCAAAAAUAAAUGCUUGUGAAAUUCAAGGUUUCUGGCGUCUACUAGAUUUAGAAUAUUCAGCAACAGUGUUGUAUCAUAUAGUUCAGUUAUGUGAAGAAAGAAAUUGGUUUAUAGAAGGAUUAAAUAUGGAGGAGUGUUGCGAGGUUUUGUCAGAGCUUUUCCCGAGGGAAGUUGUUGAGCACAUGGUCAGGAGUCACUCAAAACAUGAUGAUAGUUGUAUGGAAACUGACAACUCAAGUAAUAUUUUUUAUCUAUCUGAAGACAAAAUUUGUAAACAUUUUGCUGAAAUGUGUUUACGGCAUUCUGGGAAAUUUAAUCUAAGUGAUUUUUUGAAAGCUUGGCAAGAAAGUGUUCCCCAUGACAUGAAAACAUCUUUUUCACAAAUACAAGGCAUGGCACUAAUUGACAGAGAUUCCAAUCCAGAAGUUAUUUGGUAUUACAAUGUUGAUGACUUGCCAGAAGAUAUCAAUGAAAGAUUUGAAGUUUUAUUUGAUGAAAAGAAAAGAUGGUCCUUAGAAGAAAUUACUCCAUAUGUAAGAGAUUUAACUGAUGAUAAAACAGAUGUAGGGGCUUUGUUGACAAAAUUUGCUAGAGCCUCAACACAAAAUGGAAUUAAAAUGUUCAGUUCCAGAAAGACAAGUUAGUGGCUGUCACAUAACACUGUGUUUGUUUAAACAUUGAGAUAAGAUAUUAUUUUGAAGAUGUGAAUGUAAACAUAUUUAUUUCUGUAAAGCUGUUGAUGUAAACAUUGUUAGAGAAAUGAAUUCUUUGUGAACAUUGUUAGACAAAUGAAUUUCUUAAAUGUGUUAUUUACAUUUCUAGAAAAACUAGUGUUUUUUUUGUCAUAUUACAUUGGUCAGUUUGAGAACCACUUUAUGAAUCUUAUUUGAAGCAUGAAACCAAAGUGUACAUUGCCAGCUCAUUAGUUCUUAUUACUGUUGUAAUCAUGAAACAAAAUGAGAGCCAAUACUUCCUUAAUUUUUAAAGUGCCAUUGAGUCUAUGAUUUGUUUGAUAUUGCUUGAAAUAAAUAAAAAUGUGUCAGUGCUA